CUUCAGCAUCAAGCCAACGGUCCCUGAGCUAAGCUAGUCAAAGAACAUUCUUUCAUACUACUACUAGUGUAUCAGUUCCUGGUAGCUCCUAUCGCUAGCUUUUAACGUGCUGUACCCUGAAGCUGAUAAUUGGAUCAUAUGUGACUUCAAUCACAAUGACCUCAGAAGGAGCUUCGCAAAUUUCCAUUGGCGCACUCAGUGCCAUCUUUGAUGAAACCAAACCUCAAGUUUCGGAACCUAUUGUUCAAUGCGUUCAGAUCAAGCCUUUGCCGCCCCAGCAAAAUCAGGCGGAACGGUAUAGGGCAGUUUUUAGUGACAUAUCAAAUUAUGUUCAAACAAUGCUCGCAACACAAGCAAAUCCACUCGUUACGAGUGGCCUCCUCCGCAAAGGAUGUUUUGUUAAACUGAAGGCCUUUCAAGCAAACUCGGUCAAAGGGAAAAAGAUUCUUAUCAUCCUCGACCUUGAAGUUCUGCAAAAUUUGGGCGAAGCCGAGAAAAUUGGUGAACCGAAACCCCUAGAAAGCAAAGCGGACGAAGAAGACAAGCCUCAACCAACCACAAUUUCUAGUCAUGGGUUCUAUGGAUCGAGCAUCCACGGUGCUCAAGUGCAAGGCAAUGAUCAUACCCCACCGGCACGACCAACCGCAACCUCCGGGCAUGCCACCAUAUAUCCGAUUGAGGCAAUUUCUCCAUAUGCGCAUAAAUGGACCAUCAAAGCCCGUUGUACCAGCAAAUCGAACAUCAAGACUUGGCACAACAGAAAUGGAGAGGGUAAACUUUUCAGCGUCAACUUGCUGGAUGACAGUGGAGAGAUUCGUGCAACUGGAUUCAAUGAUCAGUGUGACAUGCUGUACAAUGUUUUCCAGGAGGGCAGCGUCUACUACAUCUCCAGCCCGUGUCGUGUUCAGAUUGCUAAAAAGCAAUUUACAAAUCUCAAUAACGAUUAUGAACUUACAUUUGAAAGGGACACAGUUGUUGAAAAGGCGGAAGAUCAGAGUGAUGUUCCUCAAGUCCGAUUCAAUUUCACAGUCAUAGGCGAUCUCCAGUCUGUUGAAAAGGAUAGCACUAUUGACGUGAUUGGAGUGCUCAAGGAUAUUGGUGAACCCUCUCAGAUUGUGUCGAAGACCACAAACAAGCCGUACAACAAACGUGAACUUACAUUGGUCGAUAACACAGGCUUCUCUGUCCGCCUGACGGUCUGGGGAUCCACGGCUAUAAACUUCAGUGGUGCUCCUGAGUCUGUUGUAGCAUUUAAAGGGGUCAAAGUCUCAGAUUUUGGCGGCAGAAGUUUGAGUCUGUUGAGCUCAGGCUCAAUGGCGGUCGACCCCGACAUUGAAGAAGCCCAUAAAUUGAAGGGGUGGUAUGAUGCACAGGGCAGAGUUGAAGUCUUCACCUCACACGCUUCUGUGCUUGGUGCUUCCACAUCCACAUCGAAAGCUGAGCAAUUCAAGACUGUUGCACAGGUUCGUGAGGAGCAGCUGGGCAUGUCAGACGAUGCUGUCUAUUUCUCACUCAAAGCAACGGUUAUCUAUAUUAAGCAAGAUAACAUGUGCUAUCCUGCCUGUCUUUCAGAUGGGUGUAACAAAAAGGUGACCGAGCUCGAUCCUGGCCAAUGGCGCUGCGAGCGCUGCGAUAAAACCCACCCAAAGCCCGAGUAUCGUUAUAUAAUGCUUAUUAAUGUCAGCGACCAUACCGGCCACCUCUGGCUCAGUUGCUUUGACGAGGUAGGCAGGUCAAUGAUGGGUGCUCCCGCGGAUCAUUUGAUGCAAUUGCGCCAAGAUGAGAAUGAGAAGACAAUUGGGGACAUAUUCCAGGAUGCCAAUUGUAGGACCUGGAAUUUCAGAUGUAGAGCAAAGAUCGACCAUUUUGGUGAUCAGCAGCGCAUCCGCUACCAGAUAUCCUCCGCCAAACCCAUCAACUGCUCCGAGGAGGCUUCUCGCCUUGCGAAUAUGAUCGAGAGCUAUGGCAUAUGAAUCCUUGAUCUUUGAUUCUCAAAUUGACCGUACUGAAUUCGCACAUGCUUUACACAUCCCCAAAAAAAAGUGUGCUAGCGGAAACUUUUCUGGUAGUUGUGAAAUGAUCUCUCGGUCAUUCAGGACUCCCAUCUUAAGGAAACGACUCGAUUGAUUAGCUGUUGGUAGCUCUGCCUAGCUUUGGUUUCAACACGGUUGAUAAUCUAGUACGCAAGAAAAAUGACCCUCC